GAGCCAGUGAGCUCGGGAGGGUGACGCAGCCCGUCGGGCUAGAGCCCAGGGACCAAUGAGCAUCGAUCCACUCCCUCCAGCGCCCCGACACCACGCGCAGGUUGCUUAGCAACCCGGGAGAGAGCGUGCGAACCCCCUCCACGGCCGGUGCGCGCCUGCUCCCCGGGGCGCGGGGCUGCCAUGGCCCCCAGCCACCUGUCGGUGCGGGAGAUGAGGGAGGAUGAGAAGGCGCUGGUGCUGGAGAUGCUGAAGGCUGGUGUGAAGGACACGGAGAACCGAGUGGCCCUGCACGCCCUGACACGGCCGCCCACCCUGCUGCUCCUGGCGGCGGCCAGCAGCGGCCUGCGCUUCGUCCUGGCCUCCUUUGCUCUGGCCCUCCUCCUGCCUGUGCUCCUGGCCGUGGUGGCCCUGAAGCUGGGCCUGCGGGCCCGGUGGGGCUCGCUGCCUCCGCCGGGCGGCCUAGGGGGGCCCUGGGUGGCAGUGCGGGGCUCAGGGGAUGUGUGCGGGGUCCUGGCCCUGGCUCCCGGCUCCCACACUGGGGACGGGGCCCGGGUCACCCGCCUCUCCGUCUCCCGCUGGCACCGCCGCCAAGGUGUGGGCAGGCGGCUGCUGGCCUUUGCAGAGUCCCGGGCACGUGCCUGGGCAGGGGACGUGGGGGAGCCCCGAGCCCGCCUUGUGGUCCCCGUGGCUGUGGCAGCCUGGGGCGUGGCAGGGAUGCUGGAGGGCUGUGGCUACCAGGCAGAGGGGGGCUGGGGCUGCAUGGGCUACACACUGGUGAGGGAGUUCAGCAAGGACCUGUGACUCCAACCUGAGCACCUACUGUGUGCGUGACCACCUACUGUGCGCGGGCACAUCCCCAUCCUCCCUGUGCGAAUCCCCAGCCCACCCAGGGCUCAGGGACUCAGGCCUGCCGAGGCUGAGACACGCCAGCCACUGCAGGCUGAGGCCCAUGUGUGGUGUGUGAACUUCUCAGGGAGGGCGGCCUGCCCCGCCUCCGGCCUCCCUCUGCGCUGAGAGACCUCUGUCUCUAGCUGCAGGUCUGCACCUCCCGAGCUCCUGCCUGGCCUGGGAGCGACUCCCUCCCAGGAGGAGAGGGGGCUGAACAAGUUUGACGCCCAAGGGUUAGGACUCGGGACAAGGGCCCCCCACAUAGGGCCGAGGCCCCUGCGAACCGGGUGGGUUUGAUGCCUGUGCAUGAAGGGGGUGAGUCUGGAGCCAGGCGCUGAGCGGAGCCUUGUAGGGGAGCUGUCUCCUGGAGAGGCCGCGAGGAGGAGGAGGAGGAGGAGGAGGAGAAG